UUCAGGUUCUCCUCUGCCCAUCCCUCCAGCCUGCCGAGCUCUCUCUCGAGGGCCACACAACCCUCUGGGGUCUCGGCCCCUCCUCCCGGCUUUGUGCCACCAGCGACCUUUCCGAGCAGGCCCUUCUCCCCUCUACCAGCUCCUGCGGCCGGCGCUGGGGCCCGCUGCGCCCGCGGCGCUGUUGCGGAGCAACCCCGCGCGUCCCGGGGGCCGGGCGAUCUGGAUGGAGUCUCAGUAUCUGAAGCAAUGCCUGGGAAAUUGCUUGAAGAAAGGACUGGCAGAGGUUGUAGAGCGUCGGCCAGCAGAUCCAAUAGAGUAUCUUGCACACUGGAUUUACAAUUACAGAAGAAACUUAGAUGAAGAAAAAGAGAGAGCGCUGGAGAGAGCUGAGCUGGAAGAAGAACGGGAGGCAGCCCUAGCAGAACUUGAAAGGUUAAAAAUCCAGGAAGAAGAGCAGCAGAAACUUGAAGAACAACAUCAGGCUGAGUUGAAGAGAGAACGUGAAGAGCUGGAAGCACAGAAUAAAGAAGCUGAAAUGCAGUUGCAGCAGGAAGAGGAAGAUGAAAAUAUAGAAACUGAAGAUGAACCUGAAGUGCUUACUUCUGAGGAGCCAGAUGAGAGUGAACCAAGUCAAACAGAGCUCCCAACAGUAAUAGAAGAAGAAAGUUAGAACUGACCUGAAAGCAGUAAAUAUAUUUUCUACUCAUUACUUGCUGACCCUGAAGUGUAGUAUUUUGAUUUAUGUAUUUUAUAAAUAGAACUGAUUUACAUACCUGUUUUUCCAGUGUUUGUUUUUAAGAUGUUUGUAUAAAGUUGGUUAAUUCUGACACUGAUUCUUCCUUUUUGUUCUUAAACCAUUGCAGCUAGCAUGGCUCACUUGCAGGAAUAAAACUGCAGCUGAAGUGAAAGCAGCAAAUAUACUUUCCACUUAUUGCAUAUCAAAGUAACCAUAAUAAAUACAAACAUAUAACUAAUAUGUCAAUAUGAUUUGAGGAUAGAUGCUACAAUAUGAUAAUUUGAAUCCAUAUUAAAAGAAUAAAAAAUAUUGAAAAUUAUUUUACAAGAA